UAAAUUUCUAGUCGAUUGCCAAAAGAUAAUCCUCAGAUCGGUAGAUGAUGGAAAAGGGUCUUGUAACAGACAAACUGACAUCGUUAACAUUAAUUUGCGAAGGAAGAGAGGUGCACAAGAGAGUAGAAGAGUUAAGAGUGCCCAAGCAAUUUUGGAACCCAUAAGAGAGAAAAAGCCUCCAAAAUCUCACGCAACGUGGUUUGUGAGUGGAGAAGAGGAGGAAGAGGAAUAUGGAUAUAAUGUUGAGACAACUGCGCAUUUUGAUAAUUAUCCACCCAAGAAAAAUCAUCGUUACCCUAUGAGAGGAUCGAAGGGACCUCACUUCAAAGCAUCCUUCAAAGGGCAAUAUCCUUAUAAACAUCAACACCCACCACAGUUUUAUCACAAACAAAAAAUUGGCUAUGGAGCCCCUCCUAAAUGGAAACAUAGUGUACAUUUUCGAUAUGACCCAAAUGAGCAUGACCAAUAUGAGUAUGAGUCAAAUGAGUAUGGAUCAAAUGGUUAUAGACCAAACGGUCAUGGACGAAAUGGUCAGGGACCAAAUGGACAAGACCCAAAUGAAAUGGAUUCAGAGGAGUAUGAGCAUUAUGGUCAUGGAUAUAAUGGACGUUCCCGCCCAAUGGAAGGCAGAAACAAGAAUAAUUAUCAGCAAACCCCAAGAAUAACAACAAAAAUAUCAAUGAAUAUCAAAAAUCAUCGAAAGGAAACUAACAAAAAUGAGGCUAAACGUUCCCGAGGAACGGUCCGAUUUAAUUUGGAAAAUGAAAUAAAUCUUGGGGAGGAAAAGGAAAAUCAGAAGGAAAUAAAUGAAAAAUCAGAAAAGGAAAAAACGGAAGAUACAAAAGCAAAAGAAGCAUCAGAACAAAAGGAAGUAAAAAAAGAAAAGGAAGAGGUAAAACCAGUUGAAGUAAAAACAGAAAAUAAAGAUUCUGAUAAAAUUUCUGAAGCUGAAAAGGAGGCUGAAGAAGGGAUAAAGCCUGUAGAAAAAAUUGAAAAAGAAAAUGACGCGUCUCGUCAAGCUACGUCGAAUAAUAAAAAUAAAAUAAUAAUAAAUGUUCCAAAGAUGGAGGAAAAGUUUGAAAAAAGUUUUGAAUUUGAUCCUGAUGAAGGAAUAGACUUGGUAGGGGAAUUUGGAAUUUUUAGAAUUUUCAGAAAAUCCAGAAAAAAUUCUGGUUUGACAUAA